CCUGGACUCGGGCUUAAAGAAUAGGAUUGGGUGAGAUCUGUCUGCACUCUGAAGCCCAAAGGACACUUGUUCUUCUUCUUCUUCUUCUUGUUUCUAAAUUUUGCGUUCCCAGUCCUACUGACCUGUAGCCUCCACCUCCAGGCUGGAAACUAUAACCUAGCUCCUUAGAAUUGACGGGAACAAGAAAAUGGGUGAAAGUACACGUAUGGAAAAGGGGUUUGCGAAGAGCAGCAUUGGUCGGAAGAUAAAUGUCUAUAUUUGGGAUAUGGAUGAAACUCUUAUCCUGCUCAAGUCUUUGUUGAAUGGAACAUACGCAGAGGUUUUCAACGGUUCCAAGAAUAUACAAGAGGGUGUUGAAAUCGGGAAGAUGUGGGAGAAGCACAUUCUUAGUUUGUGCGACGAUCAUUUCUUUUAUGAACAGAUUGAGAACUGCAAUAAACCCUCUCUCGAUGCCUUGAGCCAAUAUGAUGAUGGGCAGAAUCUUUCUGGUUAUGAUUUCGCCAAAGAUGGAUUUGGUACUCCACAUGAUGAUGACAACAAUAGGAAACUUGCUUAUAGGCACCGAGUCAUAGCCCAUAGGUACAAACAGGGUUUGCGCAGUUUUCUUAAUCAAGAGAUGAUAAAAGGAUUGGAUGAGUUGUAUGAUACGACUGAUAAAUAUACAGAUAGAUGGCUCUCCUCAGCGCGUGUCUUCUUGGAGGAAGAGUGUUCUGCUCGGCACAAUGAGUCAUCUCUCAUGGCUUCUGAUGGGAUCAAUGAAUCUUCCGCUUCAAAGUAUCAACGUAUUAAUCUUUUAGUGACAUCUGGGUCAUUAAUCCCCAGCCUUGUAAAAUGCUUGCUCUUUCGACUUAACAAUAUGAUAACACAUGAAAAUGUAUAUAGUUCCUGGGAAGUGGGAAAACUACAAUGCUUUGAGCAGAUCAAAUCGCGUUUUAACAGCCCAAAUGCCCGCUUCUGCGUAAUUGGGGAUGGAUGGGAGGAGUGUGAAGCAGCACAAGCAAUGCGAUGGCCAUUUGUUAAGAUUGAUAUGCAACCAGACAGUGCUCACAGGUUUCCGGGCCUCACGUCCAAGACACUCGGAUUCUACUUUUCUGUUGUAUAUGGGAGUUCCGACGAUGAAGAUGAGAAAGAGUAGAACUCACAGGAUUCGCAAGAUGUUAUAUCUACCUGUACAUAAAACCAGACCACCAUUGUGGAAUCAUGGCUUAAAAAAAAAUUGUAUCAAUCUACUCGGUUAGGUGAAGAAAAACUCCUCAGAAGCCAAAUUGACUAUUAGUUUUUGUAAUAUUUUAUGAUGUGAUAAAAGUCACCAAGAAAUGUAUGGUUGCGUACCCUUGGAUUUGAUAUCAAAGGUGGAGCAUAGAUGAAUUUGCUUUUAAUGUUUUAA